AUGUCUAACCGAACCGAGCCAAAACAGCGCAGUGUCUAUAUAUGGGGUCUCUAUAUGUCCAGACUCACGCAGAACCAAGUCAGCACUGCUGACUUGGUUGUGCUGACUCAGCAGGAGUUUGUUUCGGCAACCCAAGCCUUGAUAACAUUCAUGAACGAAAUGAAGGCCUCUCAUGAGUAG